AUGUCGAUCUUUAAUCUACGAGAGCUUAGAACACUCUCACUUUCUUCAAACAACUUCAGUGGGUCCUUUCCGCUUAAUGAUAUUCAACAACUGAAAAAUCUCCAAGAACUUUAUCUUUCAUACAAUAGCUUGCUAAUUAAUCAUUACAGUUCCAAUUCCUCCUACUCCUUUCCUCAACUUCGCGCAUUGAAAUUAGCUGCUAGAAAGUUGAGAACCUUUCCUGAUUUCUUGAGAAAUCAAUCAAUAUUAGGCCUUUUGGACCUAUCCCUAAACCAGAUCCAUGAAAUACCCAACUGGAUUUGGAGGCUUAGUGGUCUUUAUAUACUAAAUCUUUCUUGCAACUCUCUGGUAAAUCUACCAGGUCCUUUCCUCAAUCUUACUUCUCAAUUGUUUAUGCUUGACCUUCAUUCCAACCAGCUUCAGGGACAAAUUCCAAUGCUUCCACCAUCUGCCGGUUAUCUGGAUUACUCAAGAAAUAAUUUCAGCUCAAGCAUACCGGCAGACAUUGGUGAUUUCCUUAUGCAGACAGCGUUCUUCUCUCUUGCAAGUAAUCACAUCCACGGGAUCAUUCCAGAAUCAGUAUGCAAGGCGACAUUAUUUCUUGAAGUUCUUGAUCUGUCCAAUAAUUCCUUAAGUGGCAUGAUUCCCCAGUGCUUGACUGCAAUAAACGGGCCUCUUGCAGUACUUGAUUUAAGGAGAAACAAACUUUCUGGCACUCUUCCUGAUAAUUUUCCUGAGAACUGUAGUCUACAAACUCUAGACCUCAAUGGCAAUGUGAUUGGUGGUCAGUUCCCAAAAUCUCUAGCCAACUGCAGAAUGUUAGAGGUGUUAAACCUGGGAAACAAUCAGAUAACAGAUGUCUUUCCAUGCUUAUUGAAGAACAUAUCCAGCUUGCGUGUACUUGUCUUGCGUUUCAACAAAUUUUAUGAUAGCAUUGAAUGCCUUAAGACUAAAAGUGCCUGGCCAAAGCUUCAAAUUGUUGACAUAGCUCGCAACAAUUUUACUGGCGAAAUACCAGGAAGUUUUUUGAAAACGUGGCAAGCAAUGAUGGCUGACAAAGAUGGUGCCGUGUCAAAGCAAUUUCAAGUUGUAGACCUCGGCCAGGUGUACUAUCAGGAUACUGUAACAGUUACCACCAAAGGUCUAGAGAUGGAAUUUAUAAAGAUCUUAACAGUCCUCACCUUAAUUGACAUGUCCUGCAACAAUUUUAAUGGAUCAAUACCUGAGGAAGUGGGAAAGCUCAAAUCACUUUAUGGCCUAAACUUGUCCAGUAAUGCUCUCACAUGCGCAAUCCCAUCAUCACUAGGUAAUCUACGACAGCUUGAGUCCUUAGACCUUUCGGACAACAAAUUGAGCGGAACAAUUCCAUCAGAAUUUUCCAAACUUAAUUUCCUCUCAUUCCUAAAUCUGUCGAGUAAUCAACUUGUCGGGAAGAUUCCAACCGGCACUCAGAUUCAGUCUUUUUCACCAGAUUCUUUCACAUGCAAUAAAGGAUUAUAUGGGCCACCGUUAGAUGACGGAUCACCAAGGUUGCCACCAACAUUAGAAGGCAAACAUUCUAAUUCUGCGCACAGAAUUGAUUGGGAUCUUAUCAGUGUUGAAGUUGGAUUUAUUGUUGGCUUUGGAGUUGCGGUCGGGUCACUUGUGUUGUGCAAGAGAUGGAGUAAAUGGUAUUACAAAACAAUGUAUAAAAUCCUUGUUAAGAUAUUCCCUCAGCUUGAAGAGAGAAUUGGUCCUCACUGA